AUUUUUUCCGAAGCGGCUCCGAGGGAAGUUCGCUCGAUCGCUUCGUUCUCGCUUCCAUCUGCUGCUUUUUCGGCACCGAUCUCCGCACAUCUCGGUCGAAAUGAACACCUAGGACUGUCCUUUACCGAUAUCUAAGAUUAUUUUGCGGGUGUGUUGGUGCGAUUUGUAUAAAAACAGCAUUGAAGUAGAGGAGGGAGGUACAAAAAAAGGGCAGACCUGUGAAGAUGAGAAAGGGGAUCUGCUCGAUCUCGGACACGGCGAUUAUCAACACAGCCUCGCGUGUCGAACCGAAUAUGGGCUUGAUUUCGGGCUCGGUAGUUUAUCCCGGUACACACAUGAUCCACAUGAUCACACCGCCGUCACAGCCUUCUAAUCACGUCCGGGUGUCUUCAUCAGGCAGCUUGUACACGACGACUCCUCUCCAAGGAGCUGCAAAGACCACCGGUUCGAGACCUGCUUUGGGACGACCUCCGGCUAAAAGGCGUCUGGAGUUGGACAUCGCGGAUCACCAGUACAGCGAACCAGCCCGGACACCGAGGGGUCGCAGAGCGGCGCUCCGAAUGAAGAGCCCUAAAGCUCCUAAAACCCCGCCUGAGAAGUCCCGCUAUGACACGUCCCUCGGCCUCCUGACCAAGAAGUUCUGCCAGCUGCUGGCCCAGUCCUCGGACGGCGUGUUGGAUCUGAACCAGGCCGCCGACGCGCUCAACGUCCAGAAGAGACGCCUGUACGACAUCACCAACGUGCUGGAGGGCGUCCGCCUCAUCAAGAAGAAGUCGAAGAACAACAUCCAGUGGCUGGGCUCGACUCUACCCUCGGAAUCGGGGCCGCCGUGUCCGCUCGGCCCCCUGCAGGCCCUGAGCAGGGAGAUGAUGGCCCUGCGGGACGAGGAGAGACGACUGGACGAGCUCAUUCAAGCCUGCACCAGCAACGUGCAGCAGAUGACCGAGGAGAUGCACAACCAGAAGUAUGCCUACGUCACCUACCAGGACAUCCGCCGAAUCAAAAGCUUGCAGGAUCAGACUGUGAUUGCUGUGAAAGCGCCGUCAGAAACCAAACUGGAGGUUCCCGAUCCAAAGGAGAGUUUACAGGUUCAUCUGAGCAGCUCUAAAGGCCCCAUCGACGUGUUCCUCUGCACGGACACCACCGAGUCCAGCAGUCCUCUUCGUAAUGGCGUGGACGUCAACGGGAACGACACCACCUUCCUCCGGAUGUCCAGAGAAGACACCAAAGACACGGAAACAACCAAUUCUACCCAGUCAAACAGCGGCGUGACGCAGACCAACACGGCGCCCUUGUCCCCCUUCAGCUCGUCCCUGUCCUCCAUCCUGGGGCCGUUCGUGACUCUCUCGCCCGCGCUCCUGGGAGACGAGUACCCGCUGGGCAUGGAUGAGGAGCAGGGCAUUAGCGACCUGUUCGACUCCUGCGACCUGGACAUGCUGCCUCUGGACGAGCUGCUCAUGGUUUGAGCCUGAAGGUGAACAGGAGAUGGUUUACGUGUCACUUUUAUUUUUUAUUUUUUUUUUAUUAGAGGGGUGCGAUGAGAUGCUCUGGUCGAAGCUGGAUCAGUUGGACUUUUGGAUCGCCAGUCCCCCCUUGCUGGUAGUUUUGAUACCUUUUUUUUUUUUUUUUUUUUUUCUGUAAAUUCGGUGGGGACGUUUGUCCCUUUAAGCGUGAUGUGUGCCUAGUGUGUAGUGGAUGUUGAAAGCUUCUUGGACUUGGAUGUCUGCAGUUGAGCCACAAAAGAGAGAGAGAAAGAAAAAAGAAGAAAAAAAAGCUGAAACCUGGUAACCAGGUAGUUUUUAAUUUUGUCUCGCAAACUUGGUUUGCUUCAGAAGAUUCGUCUGGCGUUUACAGACAAAUACAAACAAAUCCCAUAGAACUAUACGAGAUCAAAACUGCACUGGGGAGGGGAGGGGAAUCUCUUAUUUCAGGGCUUGAUUUGUAUCAAGGUAAAAAUAUGCAGCUAAUUCUUGCUGCCUUACGUCUUAAACCUAAUAUCGCGUUAAACAGGAUGCCACACUAGCGAGCAACGUACGCGUGUUUUUUUUUUUUUUUUUUUUUCUACAAUUUUAAGAAAUUCCCAUGAUCAGUUUGGUAACUCUAGCUUUUUCCUUUUCAUUGUUUAACAUAACAAUAAACAUAAUAUGACAUUUCAUUAACUGAUUACAGCUUGGAAGAAAGCAGCUGCGAUCGUUGCAUGUUCACGUUGCUAAUACCUGUUUCUUUAAUCAGCGGACAAAGCUAGUGCACUUAAACGUGUACAAUAAACCACAGAGUGAAGCUUAUUGAAUUAUUUCAGGUCAUAAAGGAACGAAUUACAUGCAAAGUUUCCUGAUACCCUUAUCUCACCUACACGGUUUCGCGCGGUGGCCGUAUGACGGUUCAUUAUGAUCCACCGCGGGUUUUUGGCCCUCUGAGUACGUUUCCAUCUUUCAGUGCGAAAAAUUUAACGUUUAAUUUUUUGGCGGUCCUCGCGGAAGCUUGCAGAACUUCACGGAACGUCGGCAGGCAGUCGCGGCGCCUAAGACCGCAUCUCACCGUGAGUCAAACCGCAUAGGUGAGAUAGGGGUAUGCGCUUUGCUGAUUUCAACCCAUUAUUAAUAUUCCUUAUUCUGGACAUGAAUCGUGCCUCCAUUUCGGAAGAGUCUAAUCUUCCUGCAUCAUCAUGGACAAACGUCUUCCAGUCCUUCCGCGUGGAGGGAUCGCCACGCAGACGUGCAGAUCACGUGUACUACCACAGCACUGGUUCUCUCAGGGCAGUCUCCUAUGAAUCCUAUCAGGACUGAGCGGAUCGUCUUUAAAUAGGCGAUGAUGUCAUCUCAGAAGGUUAUGCUCUUACUCAGCUAUAGUGUAGACUCUGUACCGAAAAGUCCACGGCAUGAUGGAUUCACCAUAGAAAUAUUGACCUCGGGCUUCGAGAUAAAGGGCACUGAAGGGUGGACAAGCUUCAAGCAGGGACUUUAGCACAUCAGGUGUCUUUUAAUACGUACAGUGUAGAUGACUUUCUUUUCUUUAUCGAUACCAUUUCAAACCAACAAGCGAUGAAAGCGUACAUAUAUCAUCUCGUCCGCUUCUAAUGUGGAAGCUCCAGCUUAAAAAAAAAGCUGCGUUUUCGUUGCUCGUAAUCGUAACUUACUAGGAUGAAAAGAUUUGUAGCUACUGAAAAAUAACAUGUUACGGUUAACUAGCUAGUUAAGCGCAUUAAUGCGUACUUAAGGAAAUAAACGUAUGAAGGGAUGAUGAGCUGUGCAAUUUACAUCGAUUAGUUGAUUUAGUAGCGAUUAAUUGCGAGUUGAUCGAUUGAGUCUAAACUAUUUAGGUCAACUUUUUAAAUGUGUAAAAUCAAAAAUUCUUGAAUUCAUAAGCUUUAAAAAAAAAUGCUAGAGAUUCUGCAGAAAAUCUUUCAUUUUUUGCAACAGUAUCGUGUCAUGAUGCAAUGCCGCCCCCUACUGGACUGGAGGAACAAAACAAAACAAAAAAAAACAUGUUAAACAGCAUUUCAGUGGAUCUUAAAUACUUUUUAACUUUAAAACCUGUAAGAAAUAUAGCAGUUAAGACGAAUCAGAUGUUAGUAAGCAUUAGCGUUUUUAAAUCGAAUUAGACGAUUGUUUAAAAAUUGAACUAAUCAUUUCAAUGGUAGCUUCAAACAACUGCUCUGGUAGAUAUUAUUAUUCGAUCCCGAUCGAGUUCCUGAUGUAGCAUGUUUGCGCCCUCGAUAAAAAAAAGUUAAUUAAUUCGCUCAGUAUUUAUGCACCUGUUGUAAAUCGGCUUUGAGCGUACACACACUUAGGGAAAAUGUUUUAGAGGAAAAAGUUAAUAUGACUUAAUGUUUAUUUUGUCUUUUUCUAACGAUGAAUACAUACGAAAUCCUGUGACUUGUCCACUUCAGAUUAUUAUUAAUAAUAAUAAUAAUAAUAAUAAUAAUAUUAUUUAGUUGUAAGGAGAUAAUUUCCUCUUGUUCUCUAUCGUAAGCUGUACCUACUGCAUAGUACGAACAAUUCAUGUCGAAGCCUUGAGAAAACAAAUCCGGUCACUUUAUUUCCGGCCGCUGGUAUAAACCCAUUCACCUGUACUCCAGUUUACUGUUCUGUUCUUAUUCGUUUCUGUUUAUUGUCCUUUGGAGAUCUCGAAUAGACGCCUGCGCGUGACACGAUAACGCUGAGCUUCGAAUAUUACUUUGCGAUCCAGCUAAUUUCCUAACAGGGUUAGAAAAAGCUCGCAUGAAGCUCAUAAUGAGCGAAAUUAGGGGCGGGGUUUACUUUCAGUUACUUUCAGUUUUUAGGUCCAUUUGAGUUCAGUUUUAAUGAUACAUGAGUUCUGGUUCUGCAAUGUACAGAAAGUUCCUUUAGGGAUGUCCAGAUUAAAUUGGGGUUGAGGCUCUGAUUUACACCUCAACCGCUGAAAGUGUCGCCUUUUAACGUUUUUUUUUUUUUGUCUUUACAGUUUUUGCCCUUCUCAUUAAUUUAUUUAAGCCUAAAUUUCUGAUUUUCAUUUUUAGUGUCAAAUUUACCCAUCACCAAAAUCUAUCAUUUUAGAUGAUGACCAAAGUGACGUUCCCGUCUCAGAACCCGCGCGUCCAGAUUUUUGUGCCAGUUUCAUUACUGAUGAUUAAACAUGAAGGAAACCUUUGACACCUAUCACAAUGAUCUCGUUUUAACCUACAUACAUACACGCGUGUUUGUGUGUGUGGAUCACAUGUCGCUACAUCCACCUUCAUGACAAGAAGGGAAAAAUCUUCUGUACGUCCUGCAUAUGAUUGCACUGGCAGCUGAUUUUCCUGCACUUUACUAUCCAAAAUAUGAUGUAAAAUAAUAAUAAUAAUUAAUUAACUAAAUAAAUAAAUAAAUAAAGACUGUGGAAGUGUUUCUGUAAACCUGGAAAUGACUACAAAUGGCUAAAAUGUGUCUUUUUAUUCUUGUUUUGAGUCUGGAGUGUUUUAAAUAAAUUCAAUUGCAAAAUGCAGAUGAUUCAGGGUCCGAUUUAAAUUCUCUCCAGUACCACAACUGCUUUAAAUUUUUUAAAUUUAAAUUUUUUUUUCUCCCAAAUGCAGUUUUAUACUUGUGGCAUGGCUGUGUGUGAGUGUGUGUGUGUGCAUUGUUGCAAACUGUUUUUAAUAAAGUUUUGAAUGCAAA